CGCGCGGCCCGCCGCCUGCUUCCGGGGCGGGCGGACUGGGCGCCUGGUGCCGGCGGCCGCAGCGACAGCGCCCCCGGGAAGCAGAGGAGGAAGGAGAGAAGAGGUGGAGGCGACCGUAGGCUGAGUCGCGGCCGGGAUGUCCGGGCAGCCGCCGCAGCCGCCGCCGCAACAGCAACAGCAGCAGCUGCCGCCGCCACCGCCGGCGGCCGUGGCCCCGGUCUCCGGAGUCGUUCUUCCGGCGCCCUCGGUCGUCAGCGCCGGCUCCUCUCCCGCCGGCUCGCCCGGAGGCGGCGCGGGGGGCGGCUUGGGGGCCGCGGCGGCCGCCCUGCUCCUCCACCCGCCGCCGCCACCGCCGCCACCCCCGGCCACUGCCGCCCCGCCACCGCCACCGCCACCCCCGCCGCCUGCCUCGGUCGUCGCCCCCGCCAGCGCGCCCCCCGCGCCCCCGGGUCUCGCAGCGGGCCCCGGCUCGGCCGGAGGCGCCCCAGCCCUGGCGGGCAGCAGCGCCGCGGCCCCCUUCCUGCACGGGGACUCGGCCCUAAACGAGCAGGAGAAGGAGCUGCAGCGGCGUCUCAAGCGCCUCUACCCGGCCGUGGACGAACAGGAGACGCCGCUGCCUCGGUCCUGGAGCCCUAAGGACAAGUUCAGCUACAUCGGCCUCUCUCAGAACAACCUGCGGGUGCACUACAAAGGUCAUGGCAAAACCCCAAAAGAUGCAGCAUCAGUUCGUGCCACACAUCCAAUACCAGCAGCCUGUGGGAUUUAUUAUUUUGAAGUAAAAAUUGUCAGUAAGGGAAGAGAUGGUUACAUGGGAAUUGGUCUUUCUGCUCAAGGCGUGAACAUGAAUAGACUACCAGGCUGGGAUAAACAUUCAUAUGGUUAUCAUGGGGAUGAUGGACAUUCAUUUUGUUCUUCUGGAACGGGACAACCUUAUGGACCAACUUUUACGACUGGUGAUGUCAUUGGUUGUUGUGUUAACCUUAUCAACAAUACCUGCUUCUACACCAAGAAUGGACAUAGUUUAGGUAUUGCCUUCACUGACCUACCGCCAAACUUAUAUCCCACUGUUGGGCUUCAGACACCAGGAGAGGUCGUUGAUGCCAAUUUUGGGCAGCAUCCUUUUGUGUUUGAUAUAGAAGACUACAUGCGGGAGUGGAGAACCAAAAUACAGGCACAGAUAGACCGGUUUCCUAUUGGAGAUCGAGAAGGAGAAUGGCAGACCAUGAUACAAAAAAUGGUUUCAUCUUAUUUAGUCCAUCAUGGGUACUGUGCCACAGCAGAGGCCUUUGCCAGAUCUACAGACCAGACCGUUCUAGAAGAGUUGGCUUCCAUUAAGAAUAGACAAAGAAUUCAGAAAUUGGUAUUAGCAGGAAGAAUGGGAGAAGCCAUUGAAACAACACAACAGUUGUACCCAAGUUUACUUGAAAGAAAUCCUAAUCUUCUUUUCACAUUAAAAGUGCGUCAGUUUAUAGAAAUGGUGAAUGGUACAGAUAGUGAAGUACGAUGUUUGGGAGGCCGAAGUCCAAAAUCUCAAGACAGUUAUCCUGUUAGUCCUCGACCUUUUAGUAGUCCAAGUAUGAGCCCCAGCCAUGGAAUGAAUAUCCACAAUUUAGCAUCUGGCAAAGGAAGUACUGCACAUUUUUCUGGUUUUGAAAGUUGUAGUAAUGGUAUAAUAUCAAAUAAAGCACAUCAAUCAUAUUGCCAUAGUAAACACCAGUCAUCUAAUUUGAAUGUACCAGAACUGAAUAGUAUAAACAUGUCAAGAUCACAGCAAGUUAAUAACUACACCAGUAAUGAUGUGGACAUGGAAACAGAUCACUACUCCAAUGGAGUUGGAGAAACUUCAUCCAAUGGUUUCCUAAAUGGUAGCUCUAAACAUGACCACGAAAUGGAAGAUUGUGACACCGAAAUGGAAGUGGAUUCAAGUCAGUUAAGACGCCAGCUGUGUGGAGGGAGUCAAGCCGCCAUAGAACGAAUGAUUCACUUUGGAAGGGAGCUACAAGCGAUGAGUGAACAGCUGAGGAGAGAAUGUGGCAAGAACACAGCAAAUAAAAAAAUGUUGAAGGAUGCAUUCAGUUUACUAGCAUAUUCAGAUCCUUGGAACAGCCCUGUUGGAAAUCAACUUGACCCAAUUCAGAGAGAACCUGUGUGCUCAGCUCUUAACAGUGCAAUAUUAGAAACCCACAAUCUGCCAAAGCAACCUCCACUUGCUCUAGCAAUGGGACAGGCCACACAAUGUCUAGGACUGAUGGCUCGAUCAGGAAUUGGAUCCUGUGCAUUUGCCACAGUGGAAGACUACCUACAUUAGCUAUGCAUUUAAGGAGCUCACACUUAUAUUGUGGCAUAUAGUCAACAUGGAAGUAGACCAGCUCUGCUGAUUUUGAAAUUUAGAUUUUUUUAAUUAUGUACUGGGGACAGGUUUUUGUCGCUUUACAUUGCUUCCUAGUUUACAGCAUGAUGCAAAUGAUUUUCUAACUUAGCGUUAGGAGAAAUUAUUUUCCAUCUUUAACCUCUUAGUUGUCUAAGAGUUAAAUAUUACCGAUUCUCAGAUGUUGGAAUUUAUCAUCACAAAUCCUUUAAAACAAUUACCUAAAAGAAACCAAAAAAAUCCUGCCUUCUUUGUUGGGGGGAGAGGGGGGAAGGAAAUGGAACAAGUUGUGUUGUGUUAGCAUGUGGGUGAUGUAAACUUCAAAUUGGGAGAUGUUCCAACCCCCACUCCCAUUUAAGCAUUCAAUCAGUGUAACUUGCAAAAUGCAUAAACAUCCGACAGUUUGAAUUUAUAGUGUUGAUGGAAGAAAUCAUUUUUAAUGUGUACUGUAAAACUUGAAAUACUCAGGAGCUGAGUGAAUACGUUUGUUGCUACUUACAAUCCCGACCUGUUAGUCCCAGUAGUUUUGUUUUAACAUGGUCUUUUCAACUUUGUUUCCUGUUUAACUACCAACGACUUCUGUUGUAGACUCACAAGUUUAACUUGUAUUAUAACAGUAUUAUAUGUCAACGGUGUGGUUAUGACCUUUAUUUAUAUAAAAACCAAAUAUUUAGUCAA